AUGAAGCAUGAGGAGCAGAGAGGGAGAGAGACAGAGACGGGUCGACAAAUCAACAAUUGCAUCAACGGGGUCAAUGACAAUUUCUGCAAGCUCGUUCAACGAGGUCUCACAGCGACCGAGGCAACAGAGAGCCGAGACGAGCCACAGAGCUUGUUACUAGUGUUUUCUCUCAUGGAUGAUACCACCAUUGCAUUGAGCAUGCUUCUUCUUUUUUUUUAUUCCAACCUUUUCAUUUCUCUCUCCUCACACCUUUUUCCUUUGGUUUUAUUAUCAAACCUCUUUUUUGUUCUCUUGUUUUUCACCCAUACAGAAAGUCUCUCAUACAUAAAGGUCAUCACGUAA